AUGACUAGCAACACAGCUGCUCUCCAGCCAACAGUAGAUGCUCCUCAUCCCGGGCGCGAGACAUCUUCCCUAGCAAAAGCACAAAAUACGAUCAAAUAUCUCGUCGACCCCAAAACUGGCCCACAACCAAAACAGCUCCGGACCAGAGCACUCCUGCGCAGCCUGCGCUACUUUACCAUCUUCGCCUUCUGGCGGCUUGUUCGUUACGCCAAGUAUGCCCUUGUUGGCGCGGCCGUGGCCGCUAUAAGCGGAACCGCCAUCGGUUCUGUCAUGAGUGGUGCGGCUUUGUUCAUUGCGCCUACAGGUAUUCUCGGAGGCGCUGGAGUUGGAGUGCUAUGGGCAGUAGGUCGGUUUGGGUGGAAGAGGGCUAGUGCUAGGAUGAAGCGCCGUAGUGAUGGGCAUGACGGGCAUGGGGAUGCGAGGGCGGACGAGAAGGCUGAUGCGGAGCAGGGUAAGGAGGAGAGUGCUAAUCAUAUUAAGGCGCCGAGGGCAGACCCGUGGUAA